AAAAUAAAAGGCCUGGGAAUAUACGUCAGUGCUAGAGUGCUUGCCUAGCAUGUUUGAGGCUCCAGAUUUAAUUUCCCAGUGCCAAACAAAAAAAAGGUAGUUUCCAGGUCUAAAUACAUCUCAAUAUGGACACUAAACGUUCAAGGACUAGUUAUUAGGAUCCUGACCUCUGACCUCUGACCAAGGCAGAGCCUAAAUUUACACUAUUCACAGCUCCAUUUUGAAAUCAACCAAAAACUACUUCCAAGCCAAUGAACUUGGAUGAGUCAGGAUGGAGGCAAGUCAGAAAUGAACUUCAAAGAGAAGGUUUCUCAGCCAAAACCAUACAUGGAAUCCUUCCAAAGUACAGUUAAAGAUGAACUCCUAUAGCCACAAAGUUAUAAAAUACACAAAGAACUCCAAGGCCAAGAGACAAUUUACAGAUGGAACAUAUAGGAGGGACUUGAAAUAAUACUAAAACUGAAAAAGUCAUGAAAUAAAUACUCCGAAAUGUUCAGACAAGAAGUGACACAAGGCGCAGAGCAUGGUGGUGUACGCCUAUAAUCCCAGUACUCAGGAAGCUGAGGAAGGAGGAUUGCUGUGAGUUUAAGGCCAGCCUAAACUACAUAGUGAGAGACUGUCUCAAAAAACCAACCAAACAAGAAGGGACAGGAAGCACAGAUUUUAGGAAUGAAAGAUUAUGAACCAGUGAUGGCGAACCUUUUAGAACUUUCAAUGAUACAAAACAGCCCACUGUAGCAGGUGUGCUAUAGAUUUGCCACCACUGAAGGCAGGUCCAAGAAGAGUACCAUGUUUUGUACUUUUUUUUCUCUGCUUCUCAAAGACCUGAGACCUCUAACUGUCUAAUGUAAUCAAAAUACGUUAUAGCUCAGCCUCGUGACACACCCCUGCAAUCCUAGCUACUCAGAAGGCUGAGGCAGGAGAAUUGGAAGCUUGAGGUUAGCCAGGGCAAUUUAGACCCUGACUCAAAAUAAAAAAUAAGUGGCCAUUCUGACGCGCCAUGCGGCCGGAAGUGCCAGAAUGGACCCAGCUGGCACUAUGAAGUUCUAGCCUAGGUAGUUUAGCUAGUGCUUGUGCGGGUUGGAGCCGUGGUGCAGCGCAGUGGAGCUGGUCAGGAUGAUCACCGCUGUGCAGCUUGCCAUAUUCGCCAACAUGCUAGACAUGUUGCUCUUCUUGCUUGUCAUUCUCUAUCACUACGUGGCUGUCCACAAUCCCAAGAAACAGGAAUGAAAGUGGUGCUUUCUCCACCCAGGGUUCCAGGGCACGGUCUGAGGCCAGAUGGAGGGUGUGAGGGGCCUUCACACUUCACUUCAUCCCUUCUGCCCAUCACAACAUACAAAGCAACUACACCUGGAGUUUUCCAAACAAGUUUUAUUUCUCAAAAUCUUCUUAACCUUAUGGAACAAGAAGCUGCCACUGAAUAGGGCCCACUAUGCAGGCUGCUUUCUUUUCUACUCCCCAAUACAAAAAUAUGUAUAUUUUUUGUGGUUCCCCCCCAAAAAAAUAAAUAAAAGGGUUGGGGAUAUACAGAGUAGUAGAACAUUCUGGGUUCAAUAUGCAGCACUGUCAAAAAAAAAGUACCAGUUGACAGCACCUGAAAAUUAUAGUAUCUAAUAUAAAUGAUUCCAUGUGUUUUCAUGUAUGAACAAGUUGUUUUUAUUAUAAUUGUAUAAUAAAGACAAAUGUUUUUUAAAAUUUAUUUUAAAGAGAAAAAAAUAAAACA